UCCAAAAUCGUCAACAAUAAAUUUUUUACGGCUGUAAUAGUUGAUAGAUUUGUAGAGAAUUGCACGUGCCAUGGCUAUUUAUAGUAUCAUACUGUCAGAAAGUUGGUCUCGGCACGGCGAAUGUGCACGCUUCAGUGGUAGUCUCGAACUAUCAGCGGUGGACUGUAUUUUUGUGAGUACAUUGGCCACCCUACCACUGGAGUGUAGCUCACAAUGAUAUAGUAUAACAGUCUGAAUUAACGUCGCUUUCUGGAGAAACUGAUCAUGUAUCUUGGGUUGUUUAGUGUAUGUGUUAUCCUGUGUGUUGUUAAAGAUCUUGCGGCCACCGGCCUUGAUAUAACACCAUCUGAAACUAUACAGGCAGGAUCUACAUCUUUAACUAUACGAUGUUCCCCAGCUGCUACCUCGGGCUAUUCUUCGAUUUAUACUAUACAGAUGAAGAGGCGCUUCCGGGGACAAUAUCCCCAAACAAAAUUACUGGGGAUGAUUGAUAUAUUAGGGCUCUCACCUGGCUCGAAAAUAUCUCAACCAAAAUAUGAUAUUACUGGGAAUCAUCAACUAAUGUCACCAAAUCAGUCGUAUUUACAAAUCAUCAUCCACGAUCCUGAUUGUAACGAUGCUGGGGAAUAUCAGUGUAUUACAAACGGAGUUAGUGGCUCAACUACAAAACUCUCACAGCAAGACAAAAAUGUUACAAUUCAAAGUAACCCAGGUACCAUAGAGCUGACCAGAGUUCCAGAUAAAUCAAUUUAUGACGUUGGUGAUACGUUAUCAGUAACGUGUAGUGGCGAAGUUGGAAAUCCCCCGCAGUCCUGGACAUGGGAAUCAAAACUAGCCCAGUCUUCCGUUUUUAAAGCAAUAAUAGAAAAUCUAACAGAAGGUCAGGUAGUUCCAUCCUCAACUAGUGGGUGUGAUUAUAAUUCUACGAGUGUGUUGACUUACUCUGUUACUGACAUUAAUAAUGGUACUGAAAUAAGAUGUCGUGUUGGUACGUCACAGCUGUACGCUCUUAGUACAAUCAUCUAUGUAAAAGCUGAAACCACUGAAGAUGUUCAGAAAAGAUGGCUACUUGCAGACAUUGAGCGGAUCAAGUUAGAACAACAAAAACUGAAAUUGCAAAUAUCGUGUUUAACACAAAAUACAACAAACUGUAACUGUGGUGGUAAUUAGUUGUACACGACCAAACUGUAACUGUGGUUGUAAUUAUAAAAUUAGUAACAUAUAUAUUCAUGUCAAAAUAAUAUACACGACCAUACUGUAA